AUGGCCGAAAUGCAAUCGUCAACGGAUACUACUACUGUGUUCCAGAGGCUGGAUGGAUACGACUGGGAUCAUGACAAUGAAUUUCAAGCUGCUCUAAGUUCGAUUUUGAGAUCCGCUUCCACACCGGAGCAGACCGCGCAUUUGACCGUGAGAGCCCGCUGCUACUAUUACACAAGGAAGUUCAGGACGCCUGUCAACUUCGAGGCCUAUCAACAAUGGCUUCAAUCUCAAAAUGAUUCUGAUCCUGAACCACAGCCUGCAGCAUCAUCCGAAGUAGCUCAUCCUCCUUCCAUGGGAGAGGCUCCUCCUCCAGCCUCCUUUGCAGAGAUCUGUGCACUCAUUGCGGAAGGUAAACCAAUCCCCGGUAUCAAAGAUAUUCCCGAUACCGUUCUGGAGGGUCAAGGUACUCAAGCACAAGCACCUCGACGUAAGAAGCCGUGGGAGAAGGAUGCACCUGCUGCACCGACUCCAUGCUGGGCAACAAGCAACUAG